CAACCAGCGGACGCCAUAAGCCAAGUAGAUGAGUUUCCCGCAGACAUUCAGUCUGGGGGAGCAAGUCAAGAUGGUGAGACUCUAGGAGAUGGGCACGACGAGAUCCCGGAGGAAGGCGGGGCUGUGAAGCAAUCUCAGGACGAUGCAUCAUCUACACCUGUUCAUACCAAAGAUACCGAACUUCAAGACAACAAAAUGCCUCAAGGUGUAGAACCAAGUUCGAACGAGGUGGGGCCUGAGCCAGGGGUCGUGGAAGGCGUAAAUGCAGGAGCAACAGAGACAAAGACAGCACAAAUACCAGCACAUACUCAUGAUCCCAUGGAGUCAUCCACGGCGACCCUGAAACCAAACACCACGGUUUCCAAGCAAGCUACUGUGCAGACGCUUUCUCCAGACGACCAGACUUACCUCGAUCCAACCCCAAAAACGCCAAGAUCUUCACAACCACCUUCACGGACGGCCUCCAGUGCAACAUCAAUAUCAAUAUCACAACAGGCCCAAAACACCGAAGCCCCGGAGAGGUCCCCCACAAGGUCCGAUGCGGGAUUCGACGAGAAGCCCUCCACGAGUGAUGAUGAGCGUGAGCUAUCCUCGACCUUCGAAAUACAGAGUAUAAUGGAUCAAUUUGGGGAGGAGGGACAAGGGCCAGACCACGAAGAGGUCAUGUCACCACGAUUAGAGAUCGCAGGGACGUUACUUGGUAGUCCAAUACAACAUCCCCCAAGGAAGUCGAGCCUUGAACCGUUGAAUUCUCCGGCAGCGAGCGCGACUCAGAGCAUGCAAGAUUUACGAUUAGCUUCUAAUACACCACACGGGCAUCAGGGUUGGGAUCCAUCUGAUGUCGGUCCUUCAGUCCCACCGAAGCCAGGAUCUAUUCAUAGUUUUGGGCCCCCAAGGAGAGCAGACGAUCGACAACAAAGUUUGGAUUCUCCAAUGUCUCCCCCUCUACAUCGGCCGCCACCCCCCGAACCCGAGCCAGAGCCGGAUCUCCCCUUCGAUUUCCAUCGAUUUUUAGAACAACUAAAGCACAGAUCUGCUGAUCCUGUAGCUAAAUUUUUGAGGUCUUUCUUGCAAGAAUUCAGCAAGAAACAGUGGAUGGUUCACGAACAAGUCAAGAUAAUAGGCGAUUUCCUUGCAUUCAUAACACCAAAAAUGGCACAGUGUGAUGUAUGGCGUGAGGUUUCGGAUGCAGAAUUUGAUAAUGCUCGUGAGGGGAUGGAGAAGCUGGUGAUGAAUAGGCUAUAUUCGCAAACAUUUUCGCCAGCAAUACCUCCUCCCCAGCCAAUCCCAGGAGCAAAACCAAGAAGGAGAGGGGCUGAGCGGCCAAUGGGGCCCGGGAGGAGAGGCCAGCAUCAAGAAGAUGUCGAACGUGAUGAUAUUCUUGCACAGAAAGUUAGCAUCUAUGGAUGGAUAAAGGAGGAGCAUCUUGAUAUUCAGCCAAUUGGAGACAGUGGCAAACGGUUUUUAGUAUUGGCUCAACAAGAGCUCUUGAAAAUCAAGACAUACAGAGCUCCUCGAGACAAGAUAAUCUGUGUUCUCAAUUGCUGCAAGGUCAUCUUUGGACUUCUCAAACAUGCAAAAUCGGACGGGUCUGCGGAUUCUUUUAUGCCCCUACUCAUCUAUACUGUAUUGCGAGCGAAUCCAGAGCACUUGGUUUCGAAUGUUCAAUACAUUCUGCGAUUUAGGAACCAAGAGAAACUGGGCGGGGAAGCAGGCUAUUACCUUUCGUCCCUCUCCGGUGCGAUACAGUUUGUUGAAAAUCUAGACCGCACCACGUUAACAAUAUCCGACAAGGAAUUCGAGCAGAACGUUGAAGCUGCUGUCUCUGCAAUAGCCGAAAAGCACCAGGCUGCACUUCCAGAACCUCCACUCCCUACCCAGCUUUCCGAGAAGUCUGGUCUCAGUCGCCCGGAAGUGACUCCCCGUCAUUCAAUGGAGGGAGAAUCUUCAGCACCUCGGAAAUCAACCUCCUCAAACGAGUAUAGCGGUGAUGAUGAAAAGGCUGCUAUAAGUGGUCUACUACGAACUAUUCAACGACCAUUGUCAUCGAUUGGACGGAUCUUCUCUGAUGAUGGUGGCCCAUCUCAAGCAGGUCCAGCCCGUACACCAUUGCCAGGUAACACACCUCGUAUGAGUCCCGACCCUCGAGUUGUUACGGAUCCCCGUCAAGGUCUACCGCAGCCACCUGGACUACAUCCCAACAACCAUAUUCGAGCUCGAAUGAGCGCGGAAGAUGCAGCCGCAAGACAGGCAAGCGCCGAGACUGCAGAAGUUCACAGAAUGCAACGUGCAGAGCAUGAAAAUGUCGUACAAACACUGGCUGGAAUGUUCCCUGAUCUAGAUCGGGAACUAAUUAGUGACGUCGUGACUCAAAAGGAUGGCAGGGUGGCACUCGCUGUGGAUGCAUGCCUGGCACUCAGCUCUUAG